AUGAACGGCCAGACCUCCCCGUUCAGCUGUUUCAACCCCUUCCUCUCCAUUUACCCGCCAUUGCCUCCGGUUUUCAUUCCGCCUUUAAUUCCGGCCCAGUCUUCUUCGAUUUCAUCAAUUUCAACGGGUUCCAAUGACUCUUCAACGGCCUCAAGCACUCCAAAAAUGAAAAUGGACUCGUUCAGUUCACCAAUCAAGCGAGAAGAGUUGAGCAAAGAGAACAAGGCCCAGAUGUUUCUGAUAGAGAAACUGCUCCAGUUAAGUCAAAAUGCCAUAAAUCAAAGUAAGCGAGCAACCCCGGAGAUGCGAACAUCGCCCGAGGUAAUGGCCUCGUCGUCUCCUCCUAUCAUCCCACCUGUAAGUCGUCACUUUCACCAGAGUUUGUAUUAAUCUAGAGGUGUAUUCAUUGUAUUCUCAAAUUAAUUCCUUUUAGUUAUUGCCAGUGCUUCGAACAAUUCCUCAACCCUCAGUGCCUUCUGUAGAAUACGUAAAUGGUGGAUAUGGAGUCAAGAAUCCUUUACUCCAGGCUGUGGGGACAUCUUCUCCGACCAUUGAUACCACCCCCGCUCCGACAACUACACCCGGGAUUUAUCGAUGUAGGAUUUGUGGGAAGGUACGGGAAACUGUGUUCAUUGACUCUCACGUAGCUUGGCUCAAAGAUAAACAAAGACUUCUUUGCAGGAAUUCCAUCUACAACGUCUCCUCAACCGUCACGCCAAGUGUCAUUCGGAUCUGAAAAGAUAUCUCUGUACAUUUUGCGGGAAAGGAUUUAAUGAUACAUUUGAUCUGAAGAGGCACACAAGAACCCAUACUGGUAAGUUUUAACUUGAUACUUGUCGUGCACAAUUGAUUUCGGAUUAUAAAAGUUUUUCCAGGAGUCCGACCUUAUAAAUGCGAGAUGUGCGACAAGUCAUUUACUCAACGAUGUUCCCUUGAAUCUCAUACGCGAAAAGUUCAUGGAAAGACGCAUUGCUAUGGGUAUAAGGAAAGGCGGAGCAAGGUCAGUCUUAAUUUUACAAUCAACAUUGAUUCAUUGUCCCAUUGUUUACUUUUCAAGUUAAAAUUCGUAUUUUUAGGUGUUCGUUUGUGAAGAUUGCGGCUUCACUGCUCCCGCUUAUGACGAAUAUACAUCCCAUUUACAAGCCAAUCAUCCGCUGAGUGCUGUUCUUCUGAAAUUGAAUCAUUCGAAAUAUAAGUUGGACCAUUAA